AUGCUCUGCCAUUCCCUUCAGUUCGUUGCAGUAUUCCUCUGUGUAUCUAUUACUAAUGGUCUUGGUGGAGAGAAAGCUUUCUUUCAAACUACACCCGCAACUCCGGACCUCGUCAGUCACAGGCAAGAUGUCUGUGACAGAUUUGAAAAGCACCGUGCUGGUGAGAUUGGACUGCGGAAUGCCCUUUCGGGCCUAUCAUUGAGACCUGCUGUUAUACACGUUGAAGGAAACCCUUUUUUCAAAUACAGUGCCGAUGAGGGUAUUGACACUAAGAAUCCAGGAAUCGAGGCAGAGCUGAUGGAUGCGGUUGCAGAACGCGCCAAUUUCACUUGGCGAAACUCCUUCGCGCUUACUGAUCCUCCCAGCAGCUACAACAUGACAUGGACAGAAUUAUUGCUGUGGAUUGUGGAAAAUUAUGAUCUGUCAAUGGGACAUUUUGAUCAUACUGUCGAAAGAAUGGAGGGAGGAGUGACUUUCCCAGAGCCGUGGUAUGAUGACAGCAUGAUUUUGAUUGAUAGGCAAAGGUCUCUGAGGGAAACCAAUGAUGUGGAUCCGCUGAAUUGGACAAAGCCAUUUGAACCGGCAGUUUGGGGGAUGAUUGUUUUGACAGUUGUCCUGUCUGGCCUUGUCUACCAAUUCAUUGAGCACCUCAGUGGAGAACGAGAAGACAGAUCACUCUACCAGUGGUUUUCCGAUAACCUCUACCUCAGUGCCAUCAAUUUUUCCCAAAACUUUGAAUAUGCUCCAAGCAGUCUUGCAGGAAGACUAUUUGGAGUCAGCAUGACGAUAUGGGCACUUGUAAUCACAGCAACCUACACAGCAAAUCUGGCCUCUCUGUUUGUUGAAUCCAGGGUGGAACCUGUUCUGGUGAAUUCUAUGGAGGAAGCUGUUGUUUAUGGCUACCCUGUGUGUACCUAUGAGAAUACCAAUGCUGAUUUCUUCAUCAGGGAAACCUUCCCAAAUGCACAGCGUGUACCCGGAGAAGAUGACAAAGUCUCUUUCACUUCACUGAGAAAUGGUGAAUGUGCCUUGGCAGUAACGUCAGUUGAUUCCUGGCUUACUUAUCAGGUCAAUGAGGAGUACAACCCUGACUGCGAUUUGGAAUGGGUGGGCGAAAAGAUCAAAACCAUCAAAGCUGGAUUUGCGAUGAAGGCUGACGUUGGACACAAAUGCAGCGGUUUGAUUCGCCAUGUGAUCAAUUUGCAUUUGAUUGAGCUUCAUGAUGAUGGAGUCGUGGAGGAGCUCUGGAGAAAACAUAGAGAAAGGUUAGAUGAUGGCAUGUGUGCAUAUGAAAAUGAUGAGGAAUCAGACAGGCGGCGCUUGCUCCACAAGACCCAGCAGGCGGUGUCGCACAGCACCCGUCCUGUGCAUAGGAGACUGAAGGGUGGUGGCAGGGCAUCAUCAUCAACCGAGGAUGGUGUUGAUGCGGAUACCCUGACACUUCAGCAAAUGGCUGGGACCUUCAUUUUUCAUUAUGGAGGCAUGGCUGUUGCUCUUUUGGUGAGUCUGAUUGCCGCCUAUGCUGAGAAGCUGAAAUGCUUCCACUCAGAAGGCAAGGUGUAUGAGAAAGUUACAAACAGGACACAUGGACCAGUCAUUGGGCUUCCACCACCAGUCAAUACUUAUGUGGUCCGAGAUGCCAAAGAAGAAUGUGCCUUGGAUACCAAUGCUGGCGACAGCGAGAACAUCAGUGGGCAGCAAAACAAACCUGUAGGCAGUGGUGACGAGAUCAGUCAUCCAGAGAUGGUUGCAAAACAGCAAGCCCUAGAGGCCAAACUUGACAGUGUCCAGAGUACAAUGAAUGCCAAAAUGAAUGCAAUGCAAAUGGCUCUUGAUGUUCAGACGGAUAUGAUUCGACAACUAUUGAAGGGUCCCUACAACGAACACUUUGCUUGA